AUGGUUUCGAGAACACUCAGUCUAUCUAUGAGUCUAUUCCGGGCACACCUUGUCUUUUAUCGGUGUGCUCUAAAUCUAAAUUCAUCUUAUAAUUUUGGUUUCUUAGUUGCAAUGACCUUUGUACUCCAAAUAAUUACAGGUAUCACUCUAGCGUUUAGAUAUACUUCUGAAGCAUCUUGUGCAUUUGCUAGCGUUCAACAUCUAGUUAGAGAAGUAGCAGCAGGAUGGGAAUUUAGGAUGUUGCAUGCUACAACAGCCUCUUUUGUAUUCUUGUGUAUUUUAAUUCACAUGACUCGAGGAUUGUAUAACUGGAGUUAUAGUUAUUUAACUACCGCUUGGAUGUCUGGUUUAGUUUUAUAUUUACUUACUAUAGCCACUGCCUUCCUCGGAUAUGUACUACCAUGGGGACAAAUGAGUUUCUGGGGUGCUACAGUCAUUACAAACCUCCUUUCUCCAAUACCAUAUUUGGUACCUUGGCUACUUGGAGGUUACUACGUAUCUGAUGUAACAUUAAAACGAUUCUUUGUAUUACAUUUUAUCUUGCCUUUUAUUGGUUGUAUUAUAAUAGUUUUACAUAUCUUCUAUUUACAUUUAAAUGGUUCUAGCAAUCCUGCAGGUAUUGAUACCGCGCUUAAAGUUGCCUUUUAUCCUCAUAUGUUAAUGACAGAUGCUAAAUGUCUAUCCUAUUUAAUUGGAUUAAUCUUCUUACAAGCGGCUUUUGGUUUGAUGGAACUAUCACAUCCAGAUAACUCAAUACCAGUCAACCGGUUCGUAACACCACUUCAUAUCGUACCUGAAUGGUAUUUUCUAGCAUAUUAUGCGGUGUUAAAAGUAAUUCCAUCCAAAACCGGUGGUUUGUUAGUAUUUAUGUCAUCUCUGAUUAAUUUAGGUUUACUUUCUGAGAUUCGAGCUUUAAAUACCCGAAUGUUAAUUCGUCAACAGUUCAUGACUCGAAAUGUAGUCAGUGGAUGGGUGAUUAUUUGGGUAUAUAGUAUGAUCUUCUUGAUUAUUAUAGGUAGUGCUAUUCCACAAGCAACAUACAUCUUAUAUGGUAGAUUAGCUACUAUCUUAUACCUUACUACCGGAUUGGUUCUAUGCUUAUACUAA